AUGCCACUCAAAUUUGAUACAUGUAAACCUUCUGAUAUAGCUUCCUACAUAAAAACAUAUCAAAACCAUUUACUUAUUAGUUUUUGUUAUAAUGUUAAACAUAAAAAUACUAGUAAAAGUAAUCUAGUAACAUAUUCAGGUGAAGAUGCAGCAAAAGUUUUUUAUGAGAAAAUAAAAGAUGAAGAAAAGCUCUUUAUAUUGCAAAAAAUUAUUUAGAUGUAAACAAACCUAUGAUAAUAACUAAAGAACAAGAAACUGAAUUUGAAAAAGAAAAUAACUGUCAUAUAUAUGAAAAAUCAUUGACGGAUUUACCACCAAUAAAAGUAAAGAAAAAGAGAAUACUAAAUGAAAUUAAAGAUCUUCAAGAAUUUAUGAAAAACGUUUAAGAUCACAGAUCAGAUGAGGAGCUGCUCAUUCUAUAUAUAAUUUAAAUUAUAAGGUUCCUAGAUUUAUUACAGUAUUUUUCCAAAAUCUAUCUGGUUAUGACACUCAUUUAUUUUCAUAAAAGAAUUAGGUAUUGAUAAAGAUAUUAUAAAAACAAUUGCAAGUAAAGAAAAAAAUGAUUUAACAUUUUCUACAAAUAUACGAUAUAUAAGUAUAGAUCCAAUUACUAAAGACCCUGUUUUAGAACAGGAAGGAAAACCUAUUUUUAAAACAAUUGAAAUAAGAUUUCUUGAUUCAUUCAAGUUCUUUUCUAGUUCUUUAGAAAAAUUAGCUAAUACUUUAAAACCAUACCAGUUUAAAGAACUAUCUAAACAUUAUCCUGAACAAUUGGAUUUAAUAAAAGUAAAAAUAACAUAUCCUUAUGAAUAUAUGGAUUCUCCAAAAAAAUAUGAUAAAGAAUCUCUACCUAAUAUAGAUAAAUUGUACACCUCUUUACAGGUGAACAUGUAACACAAAAUGCAUAUGAAAAUGCUAAAAAAAAAUAUGGGAAACAUUCAAAAUAAAAAAUAUGAGAGACUUUACCAUACUUUUUAAUAAAAUAGAUGUAUUAUUACUUACAGAUGUAAUGGAAAAUUAUAGAGAUUUUUCAAUAAGACAUUUUAAGUUGGAUCCUGUUCAUUAUUAUUCAACUCCAGGUUUUGCGUGGAAUGCUAUGCUUAGAAAAAAAGGUGUAGAAUUAGAACUAUUAAGCGUUAUUGAUAUGUAUUUAAUGUUUGAACAAGGAAUAAGAGGAGGAUUAUUUCAAGUAUUAGAUAUUCUAAGGCAAGUAAUACAUAUAUUGGAGAAAAAGAAAAGAAAAAUCAUCAACGAAAUAUCUCUUAGAUUUGGAUGCAAAUAAUCUCUAUGGAUGGGCGAUGUGUAAAUAUUUACCAUAUAUAGGAUUUAAAUGGUGUAAUUCUGAUUUGUUUAGUACAGAAAAAAUUUUAAGAAUGAAAGAUUACUAGGAAAAGGGCUAUAUUUUCGAAGUAGAUUUGAAAUAUCCUGAAAAACUUCACGAUCUUCAUUCUGAUUAUCCAUUAGCUCCAAAAAAUGUAUUUGAUAAUGAAGAAUUACCAAAAUUCACAACAUAG